UGUGCAAGCACCCCCGGAAACACGGCGCUUCUUUCCCGCUCGGCAGAGCCUGCAGGAUACGCAACCCUGCGAACGAAAGGCGCGGGGCAGUCAUGGCUCUGAUGGCAUCGCGCUACAACGAGCAGGACAUGAGUCAGCUCGAUAAGGUCGACCCCGUCGAAGAGGCCGCCACAGUCAGCCAUGCGGUCGGCGGCGAGCAGGCCAACCUGGGCGACUCGCGCCUCUGCUGGAACAUCGGCGCGCCUCUCGCCCAACCGACGGCUGCUGCCCGCGUGGAGAGGCAGGCAGACACCCGUGUCCCACACGCGGUCGCUUGUCUGGCGCAUGCAGGCGAGCUGGAGGAGAUGAUGGAGUCGCGCGUCUACGCGCCGACCGCGGUCGUCGUCGCGGACGACUACCGCGGUGUCCUGCUCCGGAUCACAAACAUGGACUCGCACCGCGGCUGCGCCGCCGACGACUCGCUCGAGAUCUCCAACCUCAAGCCUUUCUCGCUCACCGUGUCGGUGACGCGAAACGGCGCGCCUUUCGCUUGCGUGCUGCAGCUCUGCCUCGUCACGGACGACGACCAGGCCAUCCCGCCCUUCCUCACCGAGGAGGACCGACGCUUCCCGCUCCUCCUCGGCCCUGACAAGGCUCCAACCGAGGCGCCCCCGGUCGAGGUACCGGACACGGGCGUGGCGGUCGUCAAGCUGCAGCUCGGCCUCAAGGCACUCUCCUCAAAGGUCCACGACCGCCGCUUCAAGCUGCUCGUCGCGCUCAACGUGCCGCCAGAGACGCUCAAGGAGAGCCCAAACCUGACCGUCUUCUCGCCCUGCUUCAAGGGCAUCACGCGCCUCCGCCCGACGGCGGAGGAGAAGCGGCGCAGGCCGGCGCACGCGCCCGCGUCCGAGGGGGGGCUCGAGCAGCAGCAGCAGCAGCUCUACAUGCUCGCCCGCCGGCUGCAGCAGAUCGAGGAGGACAACGCGGACCUCCGCCGGCGAGUCAUGGCGCUCGAAGGCAACGGCGUCGCGGCGGCGCGCGGCACGAAGCGGCCGGCCGAGGACUAGCGAGCCGCCCCGAGGGCGAGGCAGGUAGACGGGAGAGCUGGGCGCCGGAGGCCCGGGGGUGGCUCGUCCGCCGCGGCGCCUCGCCUGCGCGGGCCUUGCCCUCGUGCUGCCCACCGCGCUGUAGCGAGGGCGUAGUACGUACAUGUAGAUUGCGCGUUGAGCUCAGUGGUAGUCUGCGGUGAGACCGCUUGUGCACAUGCCACAUCCCUCGCCAUCCCCGGCGCGCAGGAGAUGUGAGAGGGGGGGGGCGCAGAGAGACGAGAGGGCGAGCAUGUGAGCUAAAGUACGGCUACGCGGGGGGAGCAGAGCCAGCUGUAAGCUGAGGCUGCCCACGGUGUCGGGCGGUCGCCCGGCCACACAGACUCUCGGUCGGCGUCUCCCGCGGGCCGGGGGUCCCACGCUCACGCGGUGCAGCUCAGACAGCGUUCACUCUCUCUGUUGAGACGCAAAAAAACACA